UUUUAGAUACUGUCCACCAAAUAUAUGCCUCCACUACAACUUGGGGGUUCAUUAGAUUAAUUAAUUAAUAGUGGUUAAUAAAUGCUUUGAAAUAUUUUUAUUAAAAGGGCCACCUAAGUCCAAAGUAUUAUUAUAAUCAGGUCUAAUGAGGUCAGUGGUUUAAAGAGAGGGUUUUAAACCAUAUAUAAACCUCCUCCAAUGAUCAGUGGUACAGAAUGUAGAUAAGAAGAGGCAGGACGAAGGCCACUGCUUUGUUAAAGCCUGGCGUGCAGGGUAGUGCUGAGGACGGGGAACCUUCCCAUAUUGAGAGGUGAGACUUCCUCUGCAAGUUCACAAACAAGGUGCUGUAGGAUAAGAUUCACCACCAUGCUAUCCUCUAUCCUCUUUUGGGGACUUGUUGCUCUCAUUGGCACUUCUAGGGGCUCAUACCCUUUCACUCAAUCAAUGAGCCCUCACCUGCAUCCCCGCCUGUACCAUGGCUGCUAUGGUGACAUCAUGACCAUGGAGACCUCUGGUGCUUCUUGUGAUAUAACCAGGCUGAUUAACUGUGGGAUCCGUGGUUCUGAAAUGUUUGCUGAGAUGGAUUUGAGGGCCUUAAAGCCUUACCAGGUUCUGAUCAAAGAAGUUGGGCUGAGGCAUUGUGUGGACCCUGCUCUCAUUGCAGCCAUCAUCUCCAGAGAAAGCCAUGGUGGAGCCGUCCUGCAAGACGGCUGGGACCACACAGGACUUAGAUUUGGCUUGAUGCAGCUUGAUAAAAAAAUUCAUCACCCUGUUGGUACCUGGGACAGCAAAGAACACCUAUUGCAGGCUGUUGGGAUUCUAACCGACAAAAUUAAGGCAAUCCAGAAAAAAUUCCCCACAUGGAGUGUGGCUCAGCAUCUCAAAGGUGGUCUCUCGGCUUUUAAGUCAGGAAUAGAUGCUGUUGCAACUCCAGUGGACAUAGACAAUGACUUGGUCAAUGAUCUUCUCGCCCGAGCUAAAUUCUAUAAAAGACAUGGCUUCUAGGCAAAGCUCUAUGGGUGGGCUGGGCUGGCAGAUGGUCAGGUGGCCCUUCUUUGAGAGUUUGAUAUAGAUGCAUUAUACUCAACACUGGCAAAGAAAUAGCUGCAAUUAUGACAGAAAAUUCAUUUCUCAGUUUCCUUAAUGCAAAUAAGCAUUAAAAAAAGGAAACCCACCCAGUUUAUAGUAUGGUUCCCAUGAAAUGCACAUAGACCUAUGCAUAAUUAUUUUGUUGUAGGUGUGAAUAUCAUGGUAACUGACACAUAUUCCAGUGAGGCCUUAUUUUAUCCCAUGAUUUCAAUGGGAUAAACUGACCCCUUGUUUUACUGAAAUUGCUAACAAGAGAGCCUGACCUGAGCUUUUGCCUUUUUCCAAGCAUCUAUCUGAGCCACUAGGGCUUUGAUUGUGAGAUAUGCCUACUCAUAAGCCAGUUAGCCUGUGGGACAAUGGAGAAGCUAGAGAUGGAAUUCUGGCUUCACAAGUAACUGAGAGCUGACUGUGGUAAAGCUGAUCUUCUGAAAGUGAUAUACACCACAUCCCUGGCUCACAUCAAGCUUCUGUGUCUUCUUCCUCUUGUUUGCUGAAGAUCCAGGGACUGGCUUCUAUUUUCAGUAACUGCUGCCACACACUUGUUGAAGAAGUCUACUUCCCACAAAACAUGGCUGAAGAUAAGCGUAUAGGACCUGACUGAGUUAUGGUUCUUUAGUUGUAAGCAAAAGUAACCAAUUUUGGAAAAUUUAAGGAAUAAGUGGCCAUUAUGAGAAGGCCAUCAAAAGGCUCCCAGAAACAACAAAGUCAAGGACAUGAAGAGAAACCAGGCAACUCUGGGCAGGAGGAACUGGUUGACCUUAGUUGAUAGCAUUCCCAUUGCAUGACUGAAUUAGCACUCUCCCUACAUAAAUAGACUCUGGAGGCUUUCUCUCCCAUCCUUUCAUCAUUUUGUUUCACUUUCAUGGUCCCAGGAGAGAGACUCUGAUGGGCUUAUCUUGGGACAUCUACAUACCUAUGCCUUGGCUACUUUGCUCUUUGGUCUUGCCCAGACAACCCAAUUGAUGGAAAAGAGACAGUUCUCUAGAACAAAACUUGGUGCAGUUUGUGGCUUUCUUUCCACACUCAGGAGAGGACACAAAUAAAACAUAAAGCCCUG